CUAUAAAUACAUACAUACUGUACAUACUUACAUACAGACACACAUAUACUUACUACUGCUACUACUAAUAAUAAUAACAAUAAUAAUCGAAGAAUGAGAAGAAUCACUCGCUAUCUUCAUUAGGCUUCUGCAUAUGUUGUGGAACCUGAGUCACAAAAAUAAAUCAAAAUUUAGGCCCACUGGACUGGUGCGUAAUCAGGUGUGACAUAUAUAUAGGCCUAGUGUGACCUAUUGUGUUUCGAGUCAGAUGACAAUUUCAACCGUUUUUAAAAAUCCUACGGAAAAUCAGCGAAACAUAAUAUCAGUUAUUAGCGUGGUUUGUCAGCAAUGAAGAACUGGGACUAUACGGUGUUGUUUGUAUAUUGUAUUACUUUGGUAAUGCAUGUAAUUUUCCUGCUAAAAUAGGCUAUACAGUAUUUUCCCAUUUCAUUUUACGCUAUUUAAAAAUAUUUCCCCUUUUAUUUACUAUUUCAUGGUACGUCAUACGCAAAUCUGAUUAAAAUAUUUCAGCUCAUCUCGCUAUAGCGCAACACUUUUAUUCAUGCAUAUAAAACAUGAAACACUGCACCAUCGUUAUACUAAGUGCGAUGAAAACGUCAAAUGUUUGCCCCUUUUGUGUUAAUUAGUCCUCUUGGAUGCAGCGUCUAAAACUGCCGACGGUCGGUAGUCGUUUACCGCGCUUCAAAAUAUAACGUACUGCAAGUUUUAAGUGCAUACAUCGUGAAUACAACUUAAAGGGAAUACUUGAAUUGCGUGCACAGUAUUUUCCUGUUUGACAGUUCCAAAGAAUUAUUAUGCAGAAAGAAAACUUCUGAAAUAGUUUUAUGUCCAUGUCCACCCCUCCAUUCGCGCAUCUGGUUUUCUUGACCAAUCACGUCUUUCUCCAAAAAAACUUUCCGCCGUCCAGGAUAUAAGAGUGCUCAACACUUCCAAAAAGCGAGAUGGAUCGUCGUGGCCAAGUAGCCACUUCUGUGGGCAUGGUGGCAAGUUUACCGUGCAAAAGGUCUAACUGGAAUUUUUUGACGUUGAAUAAAUGAAUCAAUAUAACUGCCUAUGUUCAAGCUGAAACUGGUGUUUGAAGAAACGAUGCAGAGCGAUUCCUGCUCCCCAGUGUCUCCAGCGGACAGUCCCAGCAACAGUGAAGAAGAAGUCGACAGGCAGCAGAAAAGAUGUGGAAGGAAGAGGAGAUCGAGCAGAAGAAACGGGGAGGAAUCAGAUAGCCCGACCCAUGGGAAAAGAGGGAAAAAAUCCAACAGCAGCAGUCCGCAGUCUUUUGAGGAGCUUCAGACGCAGAGAGUUAUGGCGAAUGUGCGCGAGCGGCAGCGGACUCAGUCCCUCAACGAAGCCUUCGCGGCACUGCGGAAAAUCAUUCCCACUUUACCGUCAGACAAACUGAGCAAAAUCCAGACCCUCAAACUGGCAGCCAGGUACAUCGACUUUCUCUGCCAAGUGCUACAAAGUGAUGAACUGGACUCUAAAAUGGCAAGUUGUAGUUAUGUGGCACACGAGAGACUAAGCUAUGCCUUUUCUGUGUGGAGGAUGGAGGGCGCGUGGUCCAUGUCAACAUCUCACUAGUCUGUGGAUUUAUAGGGCAAAGAUGGUGACAGCGAUCCCAUUAGUUUCUGCAAGGGGGCAACUCGGGAAUCCGAUGCUGGAUAUGUGUGCAAAGCUGCAAUAUUUUCUGGAAAAUAUGAUAAAAAGAAACCAAAGAUAACAGAACGUAAAAAGCACUUAGAAAGGCCGUGGACAAUCCAGAACUCUGCGUUUUGAUAUAAAUUUAAUUGUUCAGUUUGACAAUGAAUGUUGGAAUUGUGUAUUUCUUUAUGCAUGUCUUUUGACCAAGCCGUGCCGAGUCUGUGUUUGGCUCGUGGAAAAGGUGAAAGUGCAUCGCCAUUUCAGUUUCAUGGCCGCCGGAUUGUUACAGCCAUGAAAUGACUUGAUAUUUGGCUUUUACAUAUGCAAGACCUUUUGGAUUAAUAUUUUGUCUCCAAAAUACAUUUAUUUAUUUAUUAAUUACAUUUGUCGCAAUGCAGAAUAGAUCCGGUGUCUAAAUGCAUUCGUACUUUUUGUAAAUAACUGUAUUUUUCUGCAAUAAAAUAUGAAUUUAAAACGCUU